AUGGGCCUCAGGUUCGCUUCUGCCAUAUGCGUCGCUGCCGCCUCAACUAAAAGGCCUCUCUAUCAUGCACUCUUCAACAUGCGACUCAGUGAUCAAACACAAACCCUAAUGAAAACGAACCUACGAUGGAGGAAGAGAUCUCUGCUGCUCUUGGACAAACUUCUUCUCCGCGUACUCGCCACUGUCACUGACACCCUUCACCUCCCCGCCUCCCUCAUUUUCAAAUCAUUUGAGGGGUCGAUUCUUAGGGCUUCCAGUCGUGAGAUGUUGGUGUUCAAGCUUAGUAGAGUUUUGAAUCUACUCAUCCCUUUUUCAAUGAUUUCCAGCAUCAAUUUGGAUUUUUCUGCAUCAUUCUAUCAGAAGACUGAAGCAAGGCAAUCUCGCUCUCCUUCUGCCAUUGUCAUUGGUGGUGGACUUGCAGGGAUUGCAGCUGCUCAUGCACUGAAAAAUGCAGCUUUUCAGGUUGUGCUUUUAGAAUCUCGGGAUAGAAUUGGUGGUCGAGUUCACACUAACUACUCAUUUGGUUUUCCUGUUGACAUGGGAGCAGCCUGGUUGCAUGGUGUCUGCAACGAGAAUCCAUUGACAUCUUGGAUUGGAAGACUUGGUCUACCAAUUUAUCGAACUUCUGGUGACAAUUCUGUCUUGUAUGAUCAUGACUUGGAGAGCUACGCACUCUUUGAUGGUGAUGGACAUCAAGUGCCUCAAGAUCUAGUGGAAAAAGUUGGUAAGGUGUUUGAAACCAUUCUGGAAGAGGCAAGUUCUUUAUUAACCUUAUAUCUGCAGUGCUGAUAACUUGGAAAUAUUUCUCUUGUGA